AAAGACGAACAGAGAGAAACCAAACAAUUGCCGUCUACCUUCCCAUAACAAUCUCCGCUGACCUUCGCCAUUUAAAUACUCCCAAAACGGCCACCUUUCUACCCCUCUCUCUCUACAAAACCCCUUUCUUUUUUCCUUCUCUCUCUAGGGUUUUGAAGAACAGCGACAUUCAUGGCUUUCUCGUCUGUUCUCCGAUCAACCAACCCGCCAUCUGUUCUUGAACCAUCCCGUCUAUCCCUCUCCGCCACUCGAUCGCAGGCAUCAUCGUUAAAGCUUCAAUCCACCUUGUUUGGUGUUGCCGUUUCUGGGGAAUCUUUUUCUUUACAGUUGGGGAAAUCUAACACACGAUGUAUUCAUCUAAUCAAAGCCACUGCCACUCAGGCACCCACUAGCGUUCCAAAGUCUAGUACCGGUGGGAAGACCAAGAUCGGAAUCAAUGGUUUUGGAAGAAUUGGAAGGUUGGUAUUGAGAAUAGCAACAUUUAGAGAUGAUAUAGAGGUUGUUGCAGUCAACGACCCUUUUAUUGAUUCCAAGUACAUGGCUUAUAUGUUGAAGUAUGAUUCUACACAUGGCCUAUUUAGAGGAACCAUCAAGGUUGUUGAUGAGUCUACUUUGGAAAUCAAUGGGAAGCAGAUAAAAGUGAGUAGCCAAAGAGACCCAGCAGCGAUUCCUUGGGGUGAUUUUGGAGCUGACUAUGUUGUAGAAUCUUCCGGAGUUUUUACAACACUUGAUAAUGCUUCCGCACACAAGAAGGGUGGUGCUAAGAAGGUGGUGAUUUCAGCUCCAUCAGCUGAUGCCCCUAUGUUUGUUGUAGGAGUAAAUGAGACCACAUACAAGGCAAGCAUGGAUGUUGUAUCCAAUGCAAGUUGCACCACUAACUGCUUAGCUCCUUUGGCCAAGGUGGUUCACGAGGAGUUCGGUAUUGUUGAAGGUCUGAUGACUACUGUGCAUGCAACUACAGCUACACAGAAAACCGUUGAUGGACCUUCAAUGAAGGAUUGGCGUGGAGGUCGUGGAGCUGCACAAAACAUCAUCCCUAGUUCAACUGGUGCUGCCAAGGCUGUAGGGAAGGUGCUACCGGAACUAAAUGGAAAACUUACGGGCAUGGCUUUUAGAGUCCCAACGGCUAAUGUCUCUGUUGUGGAUUUAACUUGUCGACUAGAGAAGAGUGCUUCUUAUGAAGAUGUCAAAGCUGCAAUAAAGUAUGCCUCCGAGGGUCCCUUGCAAGGAAUUCUUGGGUACACCGAUGAGGAUGUUGUCUCCAAUGAUUUUGUUGGUGAUUGCAGAUCAAGUAUUUUUGAUGCAAAAGCCGGGAUAGGGCUAAGUGCAUCGUUUGUGAAGCUGGUGUCGUGGUACGACAAUGAGUGGGGUUACAGCAACCGAGUGUUGGACCUGAUCGAGCAUAUGGCGUUGGUGGCAGCGGCUUCCAACUGAAGGGCAAAAUGGUCUUAUUGCUGAAAGUUAUAUAUAGUGUAGAAUUGAGUCAAUGUUUUUGAUGUUUGAACUAAUGGCAGUUAAUUUGCCAUGACUUUAUACAAGCUUGGGGGAAUAAAGGAUAAUAUGGUGUUGGCAUUUGCCAUUAUAUGAUUGUU